AUGCCUCGAGUCCGCUCUCGAGAAUACCAUGGACAGCAACGAUGCUACAAUUUUCAAUUAGUCGGAGAAAAGGACACAAGACGAAGCAUGGCAACAACUGACUCUGCAACGGGAACUCUUGUUGCAUGGCACGACGAAGGCUCGAAAGUGGUGGGCGCAGUGAGCUCUGAGAUGGCCAUUCCUUACUCUGCUAAGACCCUACACGAGAGAACCAUGGUGCCCAGAGCGGCAGCUGAUACGCUGAAGCGUGGCUGGCAGGACGGCAGUAUAGUGUCUUUGAGCAAGUGGACAGGUCCGAUGGAUCAAACGCGGUCCUGGGUUUACCAUCGUUGCAGCCUUCGUCAUAUUUGA